CAAACAAGUCUCAGUCAAAGGUAGCUAUGAGCAAUCAGCGAAAGAGUUCGACGAAUUAGGACCUUCCAAGCCAUCAGCAGGUAUAAAGGUGGAGGGUACACAGCUUCCCAGCAUCAGUUACAGUUUUGUCGUCGCCUUACACUCGCCAAUAUGAAGAUUGCAAUUGUAUUCUUGGCUGUAGUGGCCAUUGCUUUGGCUCGUCCUGAUGAUAAAAUGUACACUACCAAAUACGACAACAUCGAUGUUGAUGGUAUCCUUGCCAGCAAUCGUUUGUUAAAUAAUUACGUAAAUUGUUUGAUGGACAAAGGACCUUGUUCUCCAGAAGGAAAAGAAUUAAAAAGCCUCUUGCCUGAUGCUCUUGAAAGUGAAUGCAAAAAAUGCAGUGAAAAACAGAAAGCUGCAAGUGAAAAAGUUAUUCGAUUCUUAGUCAAUGAGCGUCCUGAAUUAUGGAACAAACUUGCUGGCAAAUAUGAUCCAGAAGGUGUAUACAAGAAGAAGUACGAAAACCAAGCUAAAGCUAGUGGUAUUAAUGUUUAAACAGGAGAAUAAAUGAAAAAAAAUUCAACGAAAGCUAUUAAAUAUUUUUCGGAGUAAAUUAAAUGUUAUUGUGUAUAAAUUUUUGAUGAUUAAUUAUUAAGAAUAUAUCUUAUGUUGCAUGAUAAA